AUGUACCUAUCCAAAGCAUCGCUCGUUCUAGCAUGGAUAGCAUACCUGCAACUUUCUUCCACAACUCCUCUACUACGAAAACGAUCCGAGUCCGGCCCUCACAUCACAACAGAUUUCCCAGAUCCUUCAAUCCUCAGGGUCGGCGACACCUGGUAUGCUUUUGCCGGACAAUCGCUGUGUGACUACAAAAGCACACACAUUCAGAUUGCAACCUCGACCGAUUUUAAGACGUGGGCACUACAGCCAGGCAAAGAUAUGCUGCCUUACUUGCCGAGCUGGGUGGAUACUUCCAAGAAUCAUGUCUGGGCUCCGGAUAUCAAUCANCUUGGUAUAUGUGUUUUAAUUUCGGCUGUAAAGUACUCAGUUCUGAUGCAGGAUGACACGAUCGAUGGCCCAUAUGUACCCUCCGAGGAGACUUUCGCCUGUCCAGCUGACCAAGGAGGCGCCAUCGACGCAUCAGGCUUCCGCGACGCAGAUGGAACACGGUACGUCCUAUACAAAAUCGAUGCCAACUCACUCGGCCACGGCGGAGUCUGCAAUAACGGAAUCGAACCAAUCGUCUCCACCCCCAUCCUCAUCCAACAAGUCGACAGCGAUGGCGUAACCAAGAUGGGCAACACGUCCCAACUCAUCACCAAUGACUCCCCAGAAGACGGCCCCCUAGUCGAAGGCCCCAGCAUGAUCCACUCGGGCAAAACAUACUACCUCUUCUACUCAUCCAACUGCUUCACCACCCCAAACUACAAUGUGGCAUAUGCGACAAGCUCAUCUCCAACUUUUGGCUUUACGAAACAGGGUACUCUGUUCAGUACUGUAUAUGCAGGGCUCAGGGGUCCUGGAGGCGCAGAUGUUGCUUUUGACAAUAGCCAUUUUGUGUUUGGCGCGCAGAUUGGUGGUGGCAGGAGGGGGUUGUAUACUGCUCGAAUCACAUUGGAUGGUGAUGGCGUGUCUGCGUAG